CAAGGCGAAUUCGAAGUUUGAAAUUGAAAUUUAAGUAGUAAAAGUAGUUUAUAUAGUUAAGGUUGAUAAAUUUAAUUUUAUUGGUUAGAUAGAUUUGUGACCAGUGUAGGAUUAUAAAAAAGACUGGGAAUUGGAAGAUUAUUGUUUAGUGUUUCAGGAUUUAUUUUAAAUUGAGAGUUUGCAUUUAUUGAGAAAUUCGGUUAAGAAGAGACAUGGGGGAUGAGUAAGGAGUUUUAAUAUAUUGAUGGUUGUAGUUAUUGAGGAAGUUUUACGAUUUUGUGAAUAUUUGUUUAGUUUUUUGAUUAGUGUUUUUCUCUGAGAUAUAUACGUAGGGCAAGACCAAACAAUAUGGUUAAUGUCUUGUAUUGGAGAUCCACAUUGACAUGGGGGGAACUUAUAAAAUUCUUUCUGUAUAGACUAGCUGCUAGAGAAUAAUGGUUGCUUCUAAGUCUGUUAAUAGAGGUGAUAUGUUUUCUAUGAAGGUAAGUUUUGUGGAACUAUAGUUUAGAUUGAGUCGAUGAGUAGUAUAAUUAUGAAAGUAGUGAGAUUCUUUGUAGGAGCUUUGAUCUAGUACGAUGGAUUGAAAAGAUGAUAUGUGAGAGUGUUGAAUAUCCUCAAGAAAUUCAGUGUGUGGGAGCAGAAUCAAUGUAUUAACGCCUUUUGUGAUAACUGAUUUAGCUAGUUGGUCUACUGUUUUGUUAUGUGUUAUUUGAGAGUGAGAGGAAAUCCUUAUAAGUUUAAUAGUUUUGUUUUGUUUUUGCAAUUGAAAAAGGAUUGUUUUAAUGUCUAGUAUUACACUUUGCUGGCUGGGGUAAGGGGAGUUCUGUUGCGACUGUUUGUAUUAGUAACUAGAACUACGAAUUUCUAGUGAUUAUACUGGAAUCGUGUAAUUCGUCCGUAUUCGUACGCAAGCGUACGGACAUAUGUGACCGGAGCCUAAAACAGCAUGACAACAAGAAAUUAGUCAUAAUGUAGCACUUGGAAUACAGAGAGUAUUAAAGCUAAGAAAUACUGACAAGUAUAUAUUAAUAAACGUUUACAACACAUAAUGCGAAAAAUUAACUCGUUAUUAAAAGAUUCUGCGCUCUUUACAUAUAAAAAGUUUUCUAGUAUAACCGUUUUCAAUGCAGUCGGAUAUUUAUAGCGAUAGAACAGAGAAGAGAGGACGUCAGAACGCCAAAAACAGCGUUAAAAUACUAUGGUAACGGUAAACGACGACUAAUUUAUGACGCACAAAAAAUUUAGGGUUUUAGCUAGUUAUUGUUGGAUUUCAUUAGCAACAAUUUGUGCAACUGUUAUGAAGAAACAAUAUAUGAGUUGAUUGUAAAAAUAUGCAUCCUCCUAAUGGAUAUAAGAACACUCCUAAUAAAUAAAUUUUUAGUGAAAGUAUAUAUGCUUUUAAUUGCAUUUGGAAAAUUCUGCCUUUGCUAGUACUCUAAACUUUAGUCAAUCAACCUACUAUAAUCAACUUGAGAAUAAAAAGGCAAAUGUUUACAACUGCUGUUAGAUUUUCCAAUAAUUAUGGCAUACUCUAUAAACACUGAACCUUUGCUAAAAGAAGAUAGCGAUGAUGAUCUUGAAAAUGAAGCUGAUACAGAUACAGAUGAUCUGGCAAUUGUUCAUUCUCAUGAUGAACCAUUUCUAAAACAUCAACUUCCUUAUGAUAGAUACAACUUAGCUUAUAUUGUUUUUUACUUGCUGGGUAUAAAUGCCUUAAUACCUUGGAGUUUUUUUAUUACAGCAGAUGACUAUUGGAUGUAUAAGUUUAGACCAAUUAAGUCAAAUGAAUCUCAUAGUCUUAGUUUCAGUCAUUUUGAAAAUGCAGAAAAUAGGACAGAUCUUCAAGCUAGUUUUACAUCCUAUGUAAGCAUAUCAAGUGCAAUUCCAAAUACAGGUUUUUUAAUUAUUAAUACUUUUAUCAGCAAAAGAAUAUCAUUAAGUACUAGGAUGAUUGGAUCUCAGUGUCUUGUAUUAGUUGUGUUCAUCUUAACUACAUCAUUUGCUAGAGUGAAUACAGAUAACUAUCAGUACACUUUUUUAACAAUUACACUGAUAUGUGUAGCACUUGUGAAUGCUGCCAGUGCAAUUUUUGGAGGUAGCUUACUUGGUAUAGUAGGAAGGUUUUCUCCAAAAUAUAUAACUGCAAUGUCUGCAGGACAAGCUUUGGGUGGAAUAUUUGCAGCUUUGACAGAAAUAUUAUCUUUGUGGAUUGGAGCAAGUCCUAUUAUUUCAGGAUUAUUAUAUUUUAUAAUAGGUGAUUGUAUAUUGCUGUUAUCACUUAUUGCGUAUGUAAUAUUAGAAAGAGAAGUUUUCUUCAAACAUCAUGUUUUUAUAAAAACCGAGAACGAAAGGGAAGUAAAUUUUUCACAUGACAAUGAAAUUAAUUUCUUCGGAGAAAACAUUUCUUAUUUAAGGAUUUUUAAGAGAACUUGGCAAUAUGGACUGAGCAUUUUUUUAAUAUUUUUUAUAACAAUGAUUGUUUAUCCUUCUGUAACAGUCUUAAUAGAAAGUCACAGUAAAGGUCAAGGACAUCAUUGGAAUGAUAUUUACUUUGUACCAGUUGUUACUUAUUUACUAUUCAGCUGUGGAGAUUACUUAGGAAGAAUUUUAUCGGGAUUUUUUAAGUGGCCAAAAGAUAAUCCAUGGCUAAUAAUAUUGUUAAGUUUAUCAAGAAUAGUUUUUAUACCUCUAUUUUUAGUGUGCAAUGCACAACCUCGACGUCGUCUGCCUGUAUAUAUUCAUGAUGACAUAUAUUACAUAACUUUAACAAUUUUAUUUGCUAUUAGCAAUGGUUAUUUGUGCAAUAUAGUAUUUAUGAUUGCUCCUACAAUUGUUGAACAACGUGAAAAAGAAGUAGCAUCGGCUAUGUUAGGUGCUUUCCUAGGAAUUGGAGUUUCUGUAGGAUCGCUCAUAAGUCUUUUAAUGGUCAAAAUUUUAUAAUGAAAAAGUUAAAGGCACAUAAACAACGCCCAUUAAUGAUUUUUGUAUAAUUUCACCAUCUGUAGUCUUAUCUAUUUGAUACAAUGUUUGAUCAGCAUUUUCUUUUCCUACGGGAACAAUCAUUCGUCCUCCAAGAGCUAACUGGUUGAUAAGCUAAAGUGUUAUUGAGUUGCAGCACCAAUAUGAAUAGCAUCGUAAGGUGCCUUUGGAAGGUAACCCAGUCUGCCAUCUCCAACUAAAAUUAGUUAUUCUAUAAAAAUUGGAAAUUUUUAUGAUCAUUUACUUGAUUAAGUUGUAUAUAUUUUUAUAAAGUAAACUAUGAACUCUGAUAAAUACUCCUAUUAUACCUUAGGUUUUAAUUUAAUUAAAGGAUGCUUAAACUAUAGUAUUGAUAUAAAGUAAUUCAAGUGUACUAGAAAAAAGGAUAUGAUUUCUUUCAAUGUAAGGACAACGAAGUGGUAAUCUUAUCUAUAUAUUUAUAGAUUUGAUUAUAUUUGGUCAAAAUUAAAGUAAAAAUUAAAUUAAAGUUUAUAUACAAUAUCACAACUUUGCCAUUAUUCUUUAUUUAUUGUUUGAGGUUGAGAACUUUGACAAUUUAACAUAAAUGGACAUUAAGUAAGUAUUGAUGAUAAUAAAAUUAUAUAGCAUAAAGGCCUCCUCAUAAACACUUAUCAUGGAAUCGAUUAUUUUGACUGAAUAUUAAUUAUAAUAUAGUCUUCUAGCUUUUGUUAAAAUCUAAAGAUGGGUAGAUGAAUGCAAAUUUUUGUAUAAAGUACAAAUUAUUGGUCUACAACAGUUUCUAUCACAGGCAAAUGUUACUAAAAUAUAAAUAUGUAAAACAGUAUUUCUAUAAUAAAUAGCCCUCAUAUGUAAUAAGAUAUAAUAUAGAUUAGCAUUAUGUAUAUCUAAAAAAUUUAAAUAAAUG